GAGCAACAGGAGCUCACCCCGUCACGGGAAUUUGAACCACCGACCUUCUGAUCGGCAAGUCCUAGGAUCUGGACUUGCUCUGGACACAGUGCCACCCGAGUCCCCCAUGAUCUCUUACUGUUGCUCAAACCGGCUGGGGCUUUUGGGAGUCCCAGCAGUACCACAGGUUCCUCCAUCCCUGUCUUUAAACAGUCCUGGCAUUACUGAAUUGUGGGUUUCCCAUUGGGGCAUCUGGUCAGUCAAGGUGAGAGCAGGAUGCUGGGUUGGAAAGGCCAUUGACAUGAUCCGGCAGAGCUCUUCUUCUGUUCUGAUUCAUGUUAGUUGAUUCUGCGUGUGCAUACUUCCUCUAGAGUAGAAAAGAUAGCUGGAGGAGGAGAGUGGCUGCCAAUAUAUAUAUGCAUAUAUAUGUCUGCUUAUAUAUGUGCAUAUAUGCACAUGCUCCCUCUCUUGCCUUCCAGAGCCAUAUUCUCUCGCAGGGGCUCCCCCACUUACACAGAGAGAAAGACACAUCACCCUCCCCCACACACGAAGAUGUAUCAUCAGGAUGGGGAGGGAGGGCAGGUUUAACGCCCCCCCAUCCCACGCACACUGCUAUUUGCUUUUCUUAACUCAUUUUUAUUGGGUGGGGAAGUGAAGGCUUAAGACUCCCCCACCCCAGCAAUCCUGAGGAACAUCACCCACGAAUCCCGCCUCUGCCGAACUGUGGACUCUUUGGAACACACCAACAUUCAUGGAUUCUGCUGGGUUGUCAGAGGCCGGUCAGGUAUCUGCCGAUGCCAGGACACACUUCAAAGUCUGCAGGUUCAUCAUGGAGGCAGGUGUGAAGCUGGGCUUGCGCUCUGUCCCCAUUGCCACAGCAUGCACCAUUUACCACCGGUUCUUUAUGGAGGUGCCUCUGGAACCUUAUGAUCCCUACUUGGUAGCUAUGGCUGCCCUUUACCUGGCGGGGAAGGUAGAAGAGCAGCACCUGCGGACAAGGGACAUCAUCAAUGUCAGCCACAGGUACUUGCACCCACGAAGUGACCCCCUGGAACUGGACAUGCAUUUCUGGGAGCUGAGAGACAGCAUUGUCCAGUGUGAGCUGCUCAUGCUGCGGGUGCUGUGUUUCCGUGUCUCCUUCCAGCACCCCCAUAAGUACCUUCUCCACUACUUGUUGUCCCUGAAGCACUGGAUGAACCGGCACAGCUGGGAUCGAACCCCAGUGGCCGUGGCAGCCUGGGCCUUGCUGCGGGACAGCUACCACGGGCCUCUGUGCCUGCAACACCCCCCUCAGCAUAUCGCUGCAUCCGUCCUUUACCUGGCCCUGCAGUGUUACGGGGUGGAGGUGCCUGCUGAUGCUGAAGCAGAGAGGCCUUGGUGGCAGGUGUUCAGCGAAGAUCUCUCCAAGAAUGUCAUUGACCAGAUUGUCUUGGACUUGAUCCAGAUUUAUACUCUGGAUACAGAAAUUUCUUAAGUAUAUCGGGCCGUAAGGAGUAAGCUUCAGCGUCCCAAGUCGACUGGUCACUUUAAGUGGGGUUGAGGUGAUAGUGUUGCCACCUCAAAACACACCAAAUUUGUAUCCUGUUUUUUUUGAGCGACCCAGUAGAACAGAACGGGCUGGAUUGGUGUUUGUGUCUGGAUAGACUGUGUUCUGUGGUGUCCCUGAAUCCCUCUCCAGCCUGGAAUUAGUCUGAAGCCUUUGAUCCUCUACUCCCAACUUGGUGCCAGCUCAGAGUCCAUGGGGAAAGAACAUCAUGGAGAAGGAACCUGUUGCCUCCCUACUACAGGUGAAACAUGUUGCCAGGAUAUUUCCCCCACCUGUUUCUGGAAUGGUUCCCCAAAGCUUCAACGUACCAGUCAUAGAUCUUGGAUGAAGUACCAUGACUCCAUGACAUCUGACAAAGACUCCACUGCUGUGAAUGCCUUAAUUCCAGAGUAAGAAAAAUUCAUGGAUGAACUAUGGCUGCCAGUGAAUAGAAAAAAAUGGCACCACUCAUUUCAAACCUCAUCAUGCCCCCUGCAGUUCUUUCCUCCCAGUGUUAAAAACUCAGACAUAUAAACUAGGAGCCAAUUGGCACCUUGAAUCCAGGUUGCGGUUGCCCCAACAGAAUGCCUCUUCACCAGGGGGUUGAACUAGAUGACCCGAGCUCCAUCUGACAAAUUGAAAUGUUGGCACUGAUUGAACAGUCAGAAGUUCAAUCCUUGAGUUCUUCCCUUUGCUCUUUCAAAACUCUAGAACUCGAGUUUCGUCCAGUUACACGGCAGUAUCUUCAGGACAUGCCAAAGUCUGUAUGCUGAUAGCACAAAAUAAUUAACGUGAGAUUUAUUGCCAUGGAAUGUGAUGGCUCUUAAAAAAGAUUAGGCAGAUUCAUAAAGCCUUGGACUUUCACUGCUAUUAGCCUUGGUAGCUACUGGAUGCCUUACUGGGAGCAAUUCAUAAAUAAAAUUAAUUAUAAUAAGUAAUGUGUCCACAGACAGUA